UAGACCUGGUGACUUUAAUAAUCUGGUUGGGCUCUCUGCUUACCCCACUGAUUUCGAACCAUUCGUUGACUUGUGGCCAGUGGUUGUUUAACUCUCUCACUCCCAGGAAAGCCCUAAGUGUUCAAACGUGCUUUUGCUACAUCUAGGGAAUUACGCUGGUCCAAAUUUCAAACUCAGUGAGCGAAAGAAUCCCAAGCACAAAAUGCAUCUAUAAGUGGUUAAAAUGGGGAUGCGUGUCUAUUUUAUUCACGUUGGACACCCAUAUUCUUUUAGGGCCGAGGGGAGGCAUUCCUGAGAUCGUCUAUCAUAUUUUUCAUCUCCGUCCCAUGCUAUGCACACUCUCCCCACACCCACGUUCGAAAUGCUCGGUGCACCGAAAAAGGAGCCGACAAUAAGGCGUAAAAUGGAAAGAGGACUAGGACCAGAGUCAACUACCUUAUUUGCUCUAAGCUCCUCGGUGUUUUCUAAACACGCCACAAUGUUCUCCAAGCGCAUCGCAUCAUCUCCCUCUUGGUCGUGCCAUUUGGCCUCUUCGCCUGUGCGAAGCCCAUCGUCGUGGAAAUUAUUGCCACCAUUAACGCCGCUGCUAAUAUCAUCGUGGCACAGUCAAAGUUUUCCACCCCACGUCGUCAACAACACUAUAUCAGCUUGCAUUUUUAUCAUUGCGAAUAUCAUUGUGACAAUCUGGGUAGGCAUCCUUAGGUACCCUUCGCUCCUGGUUGUCCUCUUGAUCGCCCAACUCGACCUUUGCAUCGUCGCGUUCGUUAAGGACCUCCUCAAGAUCAUUUUCCCCCGCGAUCCUGCGAUCUUGGUGCAACAUAACUUCUCUCCUCGUCUUCCCGUUUCCCCUGUGUGCCUGGGAUUUCAAAGAAUUGGCUGGCGAUCUCUUGUUCUCGUUCCGGUCUGCGAACAAGUCUUCAUGCGAAGCCCGUUUCUGUAAACAAUGCAAUGUCCUUGCACAAUGCUAUUUCUGGUUUGAGAGUCAAUGCUUCUGUGGCUCAAGGGGUGAUGCUGAGCCCUCAUGAAGAAAUGGUCAUUAUUGUAAUACUUCAAAUGUCUUGAAAGGAAUAGAGGAUCAAACAUAUUUCAAUUUGAAUGGGG